UAGAGUGAGUUUCUACGCUUACCUUCAGGAAAAGUCAUGUUCCAAAUUCGAGGAAAAUGUGUGAUCUGCACGCAAAGAUUUGUCACAAAUAAUAUUGCUGCCUUGCAUUGCGGUCAUGUUUUUCAUUAUGACUGCAUCCAAAAAUGGUUUGAGCGUUCGCUAACCUGCCCAAACUGCAGAGCCUUCACUACUAGUGGUGAGAUAGUACGUCAUCUUUUCUUCGAUGCUCCGGACGAUUUCGACGAUACAACGCUAUCCAUCGCUAGUCCUGGAUCUCGAGCAGAUGAACUUUUGAUAGCACUUGGUGAAAAAAAUAGAGCUCUCUUACAAGCACAAGGCGAACUACGUGAAAAAAAUAGAGCUCUCUUACGUGCGCAAAACGAACUUCGACAUUGCGAAACCACGUUAGCAGUGAAACGCCGUGAGUAUGAUGAACUUCUGGAUGAGAAUCUUUCCUUGAAAGCACGAAUUGAAAUCUUAGAACGAUCACUUGAGAAAAGCACAAAGCGCCUGAAAGCAUGUGAACUUUACAAGAUCGUCACAUCCAUGGGUAGUGAGACUGCUUUGGAUACCCUUCUGGGAGACGAUGGCUCACUUAGAAUGGGACAGUUCAUCAAUAUACAGAAAAGGCAGUUAGAGGAAGCAAAAAGUAUCCAAAGAAGAUUAAGAGAAGAACUGCGUGCCGAGCGGGAACAGCUUAGAGCGUCAAAGAAAAAGGAAAGCGACUUGGAGAAACUUUUGAAGAACAUGGAGAUAGAACUACGUGAUGCCCGUGCCGCAAAUACUAUGCAGGAAAGACCUCUCAAGCAAAGACUUCGUAACCUUCCCACUACUCAUCAUAUAGCCGAAAAUCGGGAAACCGCGGAUAUUGGAAACAUGAUGCCGCCGAAGAGAAAUAUAAGAAGACCUUUGGUGGAGAGAAGAAACGAAAGCGGUCCAAAGCGAGCACAUUUCGCCGAAAAAGAGGAGGAACAUUAAUAUUUGGAGAACGUAACUGUGAUUUUGAUUUUUGACCAUUUGUGAUUUCUAUUCCUGUGAUGCAUAAUGAUGCUGAUUUGUAGAAUAACGUUGCUUGAUUUUGUGAUUUUAUGAAAAUCCAUGCUAUAUUUAUAAUUACCCUGUCAAAUAAAGGUUUGAAUCACUAAA